UUGACCCACCUGCAAUCUGGGCGGCUUUUUUCUCCCCUGUACAGGGUUUCCGACGCUAUGAUGGCUGCAUCUAGCCAGCUGGCCAGAACUAAGGAUUUGGCUAACAUUGACUGAAAUAUCUGGAUAGCUACGAGUGUACCAGAACCAGCUUUGAAAGGCUUUUCUGCCGUGUGAGGACAAUACCCAAACUCACCCCACAUCACAUUCUACUGUGCGACAACUGGUCCAUGGGUCCCACAGGGGAGGCGGGGGAUUCCGGCACUAAGAGAUGAGAAUCACAUGUGAAUGAGGUGUGGGCGGUUCCCGUAAUGUGCCAUGGGCUACGACGUCACCAGGUUCCAGGGGGACGUGGACGAGGACCUGCUGUGCCCCAUAUGCAGCGGGGUCCUGGAAGAGCCCGUUCAGGCCCCGCACUGUGAACAUGCCUUCUGCAACGCCUGCAUCACGCAGUGGUUCUCGCAGCAGCAGAUCUGCCCGGUGGACCGCACCGUGGUCACGCUGGCCCACCUGCGGCCCGUGCCCCGCAUCAUGCGCAACAUGCUGUCCAAGCUGCAGAUAACCUGCGACAACGCCGGCUUCGGCUGCAAGGCCGUGCUGCGCCUCGACCAGCUGCCGUCCCACCUCAAGGACUGCGAGCACAACCCGAAGAGACCCGUCAUGUGUGAGGAGGGCUGCGGGCUGGAGAUGCCCAAAGAUGAGGUGGCCAAUCACAACUGCAUCAAACACCUGCGCACCGUAGUGCAGCAGCAGCAGACCAAGAUCGGCGAGCUGGAGAAGACCGCAGCCGAGCACAAGCACCAGCUGGCUGAGCAGAAGCGGGACAUUCAGCUGCUGAAGGCCUACAUGAGGGCCAUACGCAGCGCCAACCCCAACCUGCAGAACCUGGAGGAGACCAUAGAAUACAAUGAGAUUCUAGAGUGGGUGAACUCCCUGCAGCCGGCGCGGGUGACGCGCUGGGGCGGGAUGAUCUCCACGCCGGACGCCGUGCUCCAGGCCGUGAUCAAGCGCUCGCUGAUCGACAGCGGCUGCCCGCUCUCCAUCGUCAACGACCUGAUCGAGAACGCGCACGAGCGCAACUGGCCGCAGGGCCUGGCCACGCUGGAGACGCGGCAGAUGAACCGCCGCUACUACGAGAACUACGUGGCCAAGCGCAUCCCCGGCAAGCAGGCGGUGGUGGUGAUGGCCUGCGAGAACCAGCACAUGGGCGAGGACAUGAUCCUGGAGCCCGGCCUGGUCAUGAUCUUCGCCCACGGCGUGGAGGAGAUCCUGUAGCGCCGGGACGAGAGAGGGAGGGGUGGAGAGAGAGAGAGAGAGAGAGAGAGAGAGGGAGGGAGAGGAUGCUCUCGACAAGGGGCGCAGUCUAAUGGUUUACUUCCCUCGCCUUAAAUGCAAUUUGGUGUUCCCACUCCUCGAGCUGGACCAAAAUUCCACCCUGCUUUUGCUCCCCUCCGAAACGUCUGCCGUGAGUGACUGGAUUGAGUGGAAGAGGGGGCGGAGCUUACCUGGUAAAUAUUUCUUGUUCGACUGACAGAGGCGAGGAGCUUACUUGACAGAUAUGAAAUAUGUACUGGUAUUCAAAUAUGGAACCAUCACAAGGUUCUCUGGGCCCAGAAAAGGGAGGAAUUAUGGCGUAUCGAAAAUGAAAACCUCAGAGAAUUCUGGAUUGUUCUGAAUGAAGUGCUUCUUGGAUGAAGAAUGAUGGCACUGGUGGGAAAUUCGAUGUUGUCAUUAUUUUGCCCUCUGUCCCCUCUACAGCUUCCACAGAACAUACAAACUGCAAACUUGAAAAAAGAGGGAGAAAACAUAUUUUGAACUUCUAUAUAUUCUUCCAGUUCUUAAAAAAAAAUAAACAUACAUUUAUAGAUAACUAUGAAUAUACAUAUAUAUCUAUAUAUUCGAAGGACAUCACUAUCAUCUAAAGUUAGCAUAUGAUAAAGUAAGUGUUAGCAGUUUUAGUUUUUGAAAAUGCCGUUCCCUUGUGAGCAGAUCAAUGUUACGCACAAGAAUUAUUUGAAUUAUUUUGCUGUGUAGUACGAGUGCCUGUUUUGGUCGGCGUCGUCGUUACCUCUGAAUGCCCUACACUGAAGAGAGCUCAGGACCUUUUCACGAAGAACACCGCUUGGAGCUGAGCUUCGUCGUAAACCCGGUGCUGCGAAGGCAGUCGUGUCACAUUUGGGGAACAGGCAGAGGCUGUUAGCAGAAAACGUAACUGUGAGAGAAGCGCGACGCCAGCAGAUCCCUCGUCUGUAAAGGCCCGAAUUUUAAAAUGGUUUUAGACACUGCCACCGUGCUUUAAGUUCAGUGAGCCUUUUGCCGUUUGCUUGCAGUAUUUCCGCCUGGCCCAACCUUGGAGGCAAGGUGUAAAGUCACUUAAUCUGCUUCAUAAACGCCUUUCAUCUGACUUCAGGACUACGCGUAUAGAAAUCGGCCUCGAAGCGGCUGCAUGUUUGAGUUUCUGGUACAGGGGGAAUUCCGGAAGCUGGUGCUCUUAUUUUGAGUCGCCAAAGCGCGGAGAGGGGUUCUCUCAGGUCUGUCCACCGUUAAUGGCGAGUCUUUUAAGAUCCGCGCUUGCGUUCGCCGCCGAAGCUGAUGAAUGUUCUGGCUGAGCAACGGUCGACCCCGCCCUGUCUGCAGUCGCGACGUGACUCUGCCGCGCCCAUCUAGUUCGCCUAUCUCAGCGUUCCGCUUCUGACAGGUGGGGACCGAUUGCUUCAUCGCACGCCACUCCGAUGCACCAAGACUCCGGAAUUCACCGUAAGAAGACCGUGAAACUCAGUAAACCGCACUUAACCUUUUUUCUGUGAAGAUAGACGAACUCAGUUAAAACGCACUUCACCGUUCUGCAAAAAGACGACCCCAGUUUCCACUGUCCAUCAACAGUCAGAGGUGGAGCUGUGGGGUUGGUGGUCCUGUUAUUAAGACAUUUCUUGCAGCUGGAGCAAGGCUCAUGGAUUCAAAAUCCAACUGAGCGGAGAAGACCAUGAAUGGGGAAAAUUGAAGAACCAUAGUGACUUACUCCUCAAAUUUGAUUAAGUGUACUGUACCGUUUUGACAGGAACGGGUUUUUUCUUUUGCCAGUUAAUAUUUAUGGACUUGUGUUUUAUGCCAUAUGCAUUCUUUUUUUGAAAAAAAAAUCACCAAGCUUGAGGAUGUUAAUAUUUUGUGUAUGAAAUUGUGUACCGUGAAAUCAUUAGAAAUUGUUUUUUUUUCUGUAUUGUUCUGUUGUAUAUAAUCAAAUAAGUGGGUCCAAUUGUAUUCUAUUUCAGAUUAUUUUACCUCGGAAACUACCAAAGUGUGUAUUGGCGGCUUUUGUGAAGAACGCAUAUCAUGUUUUCUGUUUUAAAUUUAAAUUGAAUUAUUUGCUGUGAGCAAUUCAUUGUGGAUUAUCAGAAGUACCAUAAAUGCGCAACGGUUGGUGACUGAUGUUCUGCAUAGGGACCGUUCCAUGCCAUUUCAACUGGAAAUGGGACAUUUUUCUGCCCAACUGUCAACAGACUUGGCAAAUGCAUUUCUUUUGGGAGAGAUUUUGGGUGCACUGAAAUUAAAGAUGUUUUACAAUGGCACAUUGUAUUUGUCUGCUUUAGUAACUGCAAAUUGAUAAUGAGAUUGUUACAUUAUACAUUGGCUAGUACUCUUAGCUCUAAUGCUUGUUAGUUAUCAUGAGUAUGCAUGCAUAUGCAGGCAGCUAGUAGGUUAGGCAUCGUGACAAGGAUGAGAAGGGCUGCACAUUGCGUGUUGUAACGCAAACGGUGGGUUCAUUGCUUUACCCUACAAAGGGUGGUGAUGGAGGGAUGACACAGUGGAUUGAUUCUUUUAAAAAAUAAAGGAAAUUCAAAGUUAUUGUAAUUAUGAAAUUGAAUAUGACUCCAAAUUUUUUUUUAGUUUCCUCCCAGAAGUCAGAGAACAGUAGGUUUGCAAAAUGCAAGUGAUCUUUUUUUUAUUUAUAAAGACGUAUUUGAUGAAGCUAAAGCGUUCUACCUUAGCUGAUCCUGUUCAGAACUCUCAGAGGAAUAUCAUCUCAGCGUUUGCCUUUUGAAAAACGUCCUUGUUACUCACGGUGCUUUUGCUUUGCAGUUUAAAUUCAAUUCAUCUUAAUGCUUUUUGCGGCUAGCCAGGCACUGUGCUGUUUUGCAGUUUAGAUUAGAUUCAUAUUAAGGCAGUCUGGGGCUAGCCAGGCCUUGUACUGCUUUGCAGUUUAGAUUAGAUUCAUCUUAAUGCAGUUUCUGGCUAGCCAGGCCCUGUGCUGCUUAGCAGACAAGUUGUCCUUUAUAUUCUGAGCUAUUACAAUUAAUUUUAGUUGAGGGAGCAGAUUGGAUGCAAAAUGGCUUCAAACUCCUGAAAGCUGGUAGGUUAUUUGUUUAGCAAUAUUGUAUAAAUUACACCUUUUUCCAGCUAUUGUAGCCCCAAUAUACACUAGCCGCAGCGCUAUCAGCUUUGGUAAACUUUAAAUUUGAAAUAUUCUUUUAAAAAUAAAGAUUCCUUUUUCUGGGUAGGUAGCCUAUGCGGCCUGCCUGUACAGUACAGUCAGUGUUUCGUCCGCCAUCUUGAGUGUGUGCCCUCUGCGUGCUGCUGUUUGAUGUUACCGGAAUCAGAAUGCACCGGCCGACAGAGGAGAGGGUGAGGGAAUCCGCUGCUCUGCUGGGACGGAUUUUCACGUGCAACUGCCUCAGGAUUGCUCCUGAAAAAAAGGACAAACGUGAAUCAGGGGUCAUUGUGUUUUUUGAUUUUAUUUUUUAAAUGUUUUUUUUAAUUUUUUUAUUUUUUUAAACAUUUGAGUCAUAACAGACCAAUGUUUUCUAAACUUGAAUGAAUGUGUCCAUGGGGCAAGUGAGGGCUGUCUUUUGCUGGUAGGUUUACAUUACAGUACCUCUAAAGCUCCCUUAAAAAAACGUGCUUUUCACUCAUUGCAAAGAAAUGCUGACUGAAACUUGUCUGUUUUUAUUUUGUAGUUUCUGUAAUAGAGGUGGCGCAGAGCGCAUGCUAACAAUCUGAAUGUUCAGACAUUAGCUCAACAGCUACAAAUAGCACUGACAUUGUGUUGUACAUAGCAUUCGUAAUGUUCUUAUUUCAAUCUGUGCAGAGAGCUGGGUCAGUAGGCUGCAGUCUUUCAUGUGCACCAUGUGCAAUCCAGCACCUCUACAGUGAUGGGGACACUGUGCUGUAGAGCGUGCCGUCCUUCAGGGGAGACACUAAACCGAGGUCCUGACCCUGUGGUCCUUACGGAUUCCAUGGAACUUUUCAAAAAAAAAUGUUUGGGUUUUAACUCCCAGGGUCCUGGUCACAUUCCUAAAAACAAAAAGACUGACUUCACAUCUGGCAACCUUGUGCCCCCUGCCCAAUCUGUUUGGCUUCACAGUCCAAUGCAUUCCAUACCCACUUUCAUUCCCCAGGUGCUCGGUGUAAACUAUAAUUGAUUUCUCAGCUGAUCCAACUGGUUAAAUAAAGGAGAUAAAAAUAGUGAACAAAUUACAGUGAGCUAAGUAUUUAGCUAAACGUCUGCUGGUGAAUACCUUCUGUGAGGGAAUGCAUUUUCAAGUCUGAUCAGAGAGCAGCAUAAUACGGUGCUGCCAGAUGUUUGUGUGACAAACAAAAGUUUGAGAGAUUGUAAAGGUUGACAAUUUUUUUUUUAUAUUUUACAUUUCUAAUAUGUUUUUAAUGUUCACUGUACAUUUUGAGUUCCCUGCACAUUUUGCUUUGUGCACCUCCAAGCAACAUCCCAUAGGAAACCUCUGUGGAAAAAGUUUGAGUUUUUGUCCCAUAGUGUAUACUGUACUACCACAGCAUUUAAUGUGACUGAUUUAAUGUAUGUGUACAGCUUACAUCAGUCUGGGAGUAGUUAUACUUUUGAAUUAUGUUUAUUUUUCCAAAUUUUUCCUGUGGCGAUUUUGUUGUAAACUUAAGAGCUGGUAUGUGUCUUCAGAAGCACUUACAUCUAGCAUUUCAUUGUGUAGACUUUGUCUUGUUCAAUUGUUUUGCUUCGGUGUUGUGUUUUGUUCUUGUUUUAUUAAAAUUGGAUUAUA